AUGCGUGGGGUGUACUACAUUAGAAAAUUGGUUUACGAAGAAGAUGUCAUAGCUGCUACGUAUACAACAUUUCGAGCAAAUCGCCACAAACUGGAACCUAUCAAAUCAAUUGACGACACUGAGGCUUUGGCGGUGUGUCUAGCGAAAGCGGCCUACGUAUAUUACCCCAGCGGACAAUACUAUGUUGUGAGUUUUCCCUUCACUUUGAAAAGGGCAUUUGCAUUUGAAUCUGGCUUGGUAUUGGAGAGAGAACAAGACUCGACGUCGAGAUUCCCCAACUUAAAUCAGUAUAACACUUCGAGGUUCUUCACUCUAGUGGACCCCAUCGGGGAUUUUCGAGUGGUAACGACGUCAUCAACUUCGGUUCUUACAUCCCAUGAGAGUCUACUCUACUUCCCAAGCUCCGGAAUCAACAAAACAAGGUCCCUUUGUGCAACUUUCGACCAAAAAAGCGGCUCGUUGUCUGUGUACCACAUCAAGGCGUCAUCGAGACACGUUGUUGUGGGAGGAUCCAAUGUCAGAAAACGGAAAAGUCUUGCUUUGUCCACUCCUAUCCCCUCGAAGAAGUCCGAAGAUGAUGUUCUUCAUGAGUUCAAUCACCCCUUCGCAGGAUCCACAUCUCAGAAUAUGGAGAAGAAGCGUACCAGUACCCUUCUAUCUGGUGUCUCAUCUAUUGGACGCAUGGGAUCAGAACCAGGUUUCUCAGACACCGGCAAGGCAAAUACCACUGUUGAGUUAUCUGGGUUGCGUAAAGACAUGAUAUUGACGAAAACUGAUACCAUACCUCUUAAGGCGAAGAGGAAUCAAAUCACUGUCUCUGGACUUUUCUAUCAGGGUGAAGAAGCAGUCAUCGUCUCUGACAAGGCAUCCAAGGAAACGCAAGUAUUUCUUUUCAGACAACAAAAUGGUCAAUUAUCGCAACAUGCCCCAGCCACUGUGAUCAAAUGUCUCCAUGCCAUUCCUUUACAGCACAGUAAAUUUCAUGGCUGGCUACUAGUACUCAAUGAUGAGAAUUCGCUACAAAUGAUUCAUCCAUUUUUAGAUUUGCGAGCGCCGAUUGUCGAUCUCUCUGCUGAAUUUCCACAGAUAGUUGAGCUCACCAGCUCCUACGAGAAUGCUGUUGCGAUGCAUUCAAAAGAUGGUGUGUCUUACAUUGUAAGACUAGUUUUAGAACCCGACAAUGAGUUUGUCAGUACAUGUCUCGAGAUCUGGAAGUAUCUCUCUGGCUCGAAGAUUAGUGAGCAUGUAUGGGUAUUGUGGAGAGCAGCUCUUAAUCUAGAUAACCAUAAGGAUGAAUGGAAUGCCUAUAUUAUUAUGCUACUAUCUUUGGUAUUCCCGUUUGAAGAUGAUGAAAUUUCAGCUGUUGCUGAGAACGAUGUUUCUGUACUUCUUGCUUCGGCCAAGAAGCAUCAUAAAUUUUUUAAUUUUGACUAUUCACUCAUAGAUCUACUACCCUAUAUUGUGGUUGGUUUACACUUACUUUAUGAAGAAAUGAAGCUAAACAUCAUGGCCAAGCAAGACCUUGAAAAGUUGGGAUUGCUUUUAACACAAUUGACAACUUGGAUGGGCUGGCCCGAUCUGUGGACGACUUUCUACGCCGUGAAUCAUACAUACAUUGACCGGUCGACCAAGCUUUUACUGACAGUAUUGCUCUAUGCCCCGCCAAGUCUUUUUGAGAGUCUCAUCUCUUUGUUCGAAAGCAAGCCGUCUCGAUAUCCCAAGUUUUCGCAACUCGUUGAGGAGGGCGACGAGGUUAACACCAGAAUUACCCCAAAGACUCAAACAAUUCUUCAUAUAUUCGAACUUCUUCUAUCCCCCGAGCCUGCGAGGGCUGUCGUUAAGACUCUAGCUUCUCAUGGCGUCACUGCUGCUGAUUUGGAGACACUUCCAUUGGGCAUAAGUAUUCCCAUAAAAGAGUGCCUUCUUCAAUGCCAACUGGAACCGGAAUUUUCCUCGGAUCCUUCCAUCCUCGAUCUCAUAGAUAGAAUGGACUUGAGCAUGGCGCUUGAUGAGGAUUCCGAACUUCACUAUGAUACUGGUACGGGCCGACUAAGUAAUGAAAAUAUUGAUAAAGGCGUUAUGAAAAGCUCUAAUGCGUUGAUUGAUGAGCUUUUUGAGACCGUCCCCGAUGAAAUUGUCCCAAGUGUAUCUGACCCUGGAAGAUCGCAAGUUACCGAGCUUUUAUUCGACAAGGAUCGAAGGUUUUAUGAAAUUCUUAAUCUACUCAACCACACUAAAGUACAGAAUACCAGUUUAGUCACCGAUGAGGAGAUGAAUGAGUAUGAGUCAACGCUUUUGAAGCGAGAGGUUGCUUCACUAGUUGCACUUCGUACUUUGACGCUCCCUCUAGGCAGGGCUGCUUUAUUUUAUGAGGAGAACAAGCCGUUGCCGAUGGAGAAAUUAUCAAUUCCGGAACUCAAUCUUUGUACUAUCAUUGCACCAUCAAUGUCUACGAUUAAACUAAAUGAAGAUCUGCUUCCAUCUCGGCUCUACGAUUGGGGUUGUUUUCAUAACGGUGCGUCUUCAGGACUCAGCGUAAAUCGAAAGACAGAAGGUAUCACGGGAAGCUGGGCAUUUUAUAAUAAGCCAGCCGAAAAUUUUGCCCAGCAUGCUGGGUUUUUGCUUGGUCUAGGUUUGAAUGGUCAUCUUAAAAAGUUGGAGGAAUGGCAUAUCUAUAAUUACCUCGGACCAAAGCAUCCUUUGACAAGCAUAGGUCUACUAAUUGGUAUGGCUGCUAGCCUCAGAGGCUCGAUGGACAAUAAGCUCACAAAAGUUUUGUCAGUUCAUGCUGUCGCCUUAUUGCCUCAGGGGGCCAACGAUUUGAAUGUCCCUAUCAGAGUGCAAUCUGCUGGUCUCAUUGGUAUUGGUCUUGUUUAUCUCGAAACUAGACAUAGACGAAUGAGCGAUAUACUACUCUCUCAAGUAAAUGGUGCUGUUUCUCAUAUAGAGAACGACGAGGAAUGUGAGGGAUACAUGUUGGCAGCGGGUUUUGCUCUAGGUUUCAUAAAUCUAGGUAAGGGUGAUGAUUUACGAGGCAUUAAUGAUACUCAUGUGGUUGACAAGCUCCUUUCCAUAUCCACUCCAAUAAAGGACUCUCAGUCAGAUAACGAGUCAAGUAAGUCCGGGUCCGCUGCAAUUAUGGCGUUAACAUUUAUGUAUAUGAGGACUAGGAAUCAGGUCAUUGCUGAUAAGCUUGAGGUGCCAAGUCUGGAGAAUCUUAUUGAUUAUAUCAGACCAGAUCUUCUUAUGCUUAGGACUGUUGCAAAAAAUGUUAUACUAUGGGACAGCAUUGGUGCAACCAACCAAUGGGUUGAGUCUCAGAUCCCUCAGGCGUACAAACUGAAACACUACUAUCUCCAUUUUGACACCCUUGAUAGUGAUCAAGUGGGCUACUAUAAUGUGUUAGGUGGUGCAUGCUUGUCAAUGGCAUUGAAGUAUGCCUCUUCUCAGAAUUUACAAGCUAGAACAACGCUUCUCACCUUGCUUGACACAUUCAUGUCCAUUACAGAAUCUCCCGCAAAGAACUACGAUGAGGAAAUUGCUUUAAACUGUGCAUCUCAAAUUCAAAAUGUAAUGGCGAUCUCUGUUGCUGUGGUUAUGGCUGGCAGCGGUGAUUUAGAGGUCUUCAGGCGCUUGAGAGUUCUUCAUGGGCGCAUAAGUAAGACACAUCAGUUUGGAAACCACAUGGCUGUGAACAUGGCUCUCGGAUUUCUUUUCCUUGGAAGUGGCCAAUAUGCAUUUUGCGACUCUAACUUUGCUAUUGCUUGUUUGUUGACAGCUUUGUAUCCAGUGUUUCCUGCCGAAGCGAAUGAAUAUGAAGUUCAUCUUCAAGCAUUGAGGCAUUUUUGGGCAUUGGCCGUUGAGCCUAAAUGCCUCAUAGUGAGGGAUGUGACUAAUGGACAUCCGCAGAAGUUACCAGUGACAAUUGUAAUGAAGGACGGCUCAAAACGAGAGACUUCUGCCCCACAACUCCUUCCGCGGCUUGAUACAAUUGCAUCUAUUGAAGUUAAAGCACCUGAGUAUUUCAAUGUGAAGAUGGCUCUUCUGGUCAAUUCGACAUAUGUUGAACAGUUUCGAAAGUCACUUACAAUUUACGUCUACAAGAAAUGCAAUUACGAACUUCUCAAGACAACUGUCACAUCUCUUCUAAAGAACGAGAGCAGGAGCUUGCAAGUUGCAAACAAGGAAAUUGCAGUCAAUAAAAACCUCGAGAGUUUUUUGAAUACAAAGCUUAUGAGUCCAUUGACAGAUUUUGAAAAGCAAAUCUAUCUCUAUGAGAGCGGGGACAAAGAUAUGUUCAGCAAUGCCGAGGCAUUCGCAGGAGGUCUCAGUGUGUUCAAUAUGAUUGCCAACAAGAUCGACCUUAAUUUUAUGGCGACACAACCUAAGGAUGUUCAAGACUUACUCAGUCUUAAGCUCCUCUUUGCCUACACAGAUCAUGUUCUCGAAGACGACUUGCACUUUGUGAGCCACCAGUUUAUUGAACAGCUCAAGCAGCAGCUCUGGGAAGUAUCGGCUGCGAACGCUAGCGAAAAUUAG